AUGGCGAGCUGGCAAGGGAGUCCCGUCUCUUGCAUAGACUUACGAGACAACGCGUUGAAAGUCCUGCCCAACGUGACCCUAGAGGAGCUCAGUUCGAUCCCUGAUUUGCGAGUCAGACUCGCGGGAAACCCCUGGCGCUGUGAUUGCAAUAUUGAGGACAUGUUGAUUUGGUUGGCGAAACAUGAGUUUGUGAUAGACAGAUUCAACCUAACCUGUUCUGACCCGGCUAGACUAAAAAAUGCCCCACUUUUAACCCUGAUACAAUCACAGCUCUCGUGCUGGAGCAACGCCGGAGACGCGAUGGACCGUGUGCUGGAGCCCUCCUAUGUGUUCUUGGGGAUGGUUCUUGCCCUCAUUGGGGUCAUCUUCCUUCUGGUCCUUUACCUUAACAGGAAAGGGAUCAAGGGGUGGAUGUACAAUAUCCGUGACGCGUGCAGAGAUCAUAUGGAGGGAUACCAUUACAGAUACGAGAUCAACUCUGACCCGCAGCUAGCCAACCUCAGCCUCAACUCCGAUGUGUGACGAGACACAUUUGGAGAACUGGCUUGCACAACUGGCACGCAAUGAUCAGACGCUAGCUUUGCAUGAAUACAUAUAUAACUAGAGGUUUGCAGUGACAUGCAUUAUUUUUCGUCGGAUAGGACGUUAACUGGAUUCUGCAAGCGUCAACCCUGUUAUGCUCGCUGCAGGCUCAUUCAUAUAUGCCGGUGUGUUGCUACAAUGUUGUCCAGUAACGCGUAUGAAUCAAGAACAUCAAGUGCAUACGUUUAGAAUUCAUAUUUCCCAUUUUUAUAAAAGCACAAUGGAUGGGACUGUGGAGGGAGUCUGUCUUUUCUGAUGAAAAGUCUGAAAUUACAGAGUAACCCGUCCUUUUGCAAAAUGUAAGAACAUACCGUAAUGUUAUUUUUUAUAGCUUAGUUCAUUUCUCCUGCAAAAAAACUAUUCAGACUGCCAUGCAUGUAUUUAUGUAUUUUUUUUAUUGAUGUAAAAUUAUGGCAAUAUCCACUUUUUUAUGAUGAUUUAUUGGUUUACAUUUGUUGGCUGGACAUAGAUCAACUCUUUUCUAGGGGAUGCCCUGUUGAAUUAAAGGUCUUGCACUGAU